AUGCUUGACAUGUCCUGGCCCCUAUCUCGACAGAAGAAAAGGUACCUCUCUAGCGCAUUACUAAUAAUUCUCCACAAACGUCUUCAUACUCGUCACAAACAUUGCACUGUCCAUCUAGGUAUCCAUACCAUCAAAAUGAGCGCUGAACAGCUCGAAUUCAACGUCGACCGCAUCGACGCCAAAAUGGAAGAGCUCCUCGCAUCCUUCGAGGCCCACCCGCAAAUGCAGCCCCCCAACACCCACCCAACCAUCUUCUUCCUCUUCGACUUCGUCCGCAACGCCCACCGCGAGCUGCAGGGAAUUGAUAUGGACAAGUUCCGCGCCGGCGACGCCAAUGCCCGCAGGAUGGCCCAGGACGUCCUCGGCCGGAACAACUUCACCAACGCCCUCGUCAAUGAUACCACGGGUAAGCUGGCGCUGAUGACUGGCGGCGAUCCAAACAACCCCGUGGACUUUGGGGAGGACAUCCGGGAGAAGGCGAAGGCGUUGGUUGAGGUUUAG